AUGGCAACCACAUCUGGAUAUGGGAUUAAUUCCGCUCCCCCUUUUCAGCUAUUGUUCUUUCUAUUCAUAGUUCUGAUGUUGCUGUUUAUGUCAUGGUACUUGACUUUUGAAUCCACCCUGGAGGAAAGCAUGGAUCAGUUAAAGAUAGUGUUUAUGAUUGUGCCCCUGAUUUUACUGCUGGCUGUUCGUUGGCUGUCUGUGGGAAGACCAGUUGCUGGAAUAUUGCCCCGGGUGGAGCCUGAUGCAAUUCACAGGGCAGGGAGCUCUCCCUGGGGUGUGGCUAUGGUGGUGCUGCUGUUGCUGUUUUUCAUGGCAGAGGACAAUCUGAUGCGAAUAUGGCAGAUUGUUGCAGAGAAGUAUUAG